AUUAAGAAAGGAAUAUCUAUGAUUUUUCGGUUUACGUUCGGUUAGAGUACGGGAAAAGAUGGAGACGGAAGAUUGAGAUCGAGUCCGUCUUCUGUCUUUGAUGUUUUUGAUAUAUUAUACAACAAUGGCCACGCAGAAACCAGUAGAAUGGGUUUCUUCGUUGAUAACAAGGUUUGAAGAACAGUUACCAUGUCGCAGUGGCCCACAAACUACUCAUUCCAGAAUUAAUGUUGAACAGAAUAAAGAAUGUCUCAUUAACAUUAGUAAAAAUAAAUUUUCAUUAGUUAUUUCUGGGCUUACCAGAAUACUCCAUUCUGUCAAUGAAAUGCGUACACACGGACAAUUUCAACCAGAAUUUGAAAGAAACUUUUAUGAAUCGCAGCUAAUAAUUUUAGAUACUUUAGAAAAGUGCUUAAAUGGACAACCAAAGGAAACAACGCGAUAUGAUGAAGCAAUGAAUGUGAAAUCAUUACUUCGUGAACUAUGUCAGUUUAUUGAAGUGCCAAGUGAUAAUCCUCUUGUUGUUGAAUUGAAAAAUUUGGCUUCCAAAGUGUUAUUUGCAUUGAGUUUAAACAAUUUUAAUGCAGUAUUCAGCAGGAUAUCUGCCAGAUUGCAAGAACUGUCAAAUAGUAAUGAAGAAAAUCCUGAUUAUAUUGAUAUUGAACUUAUUCAACAUAUUAAUCUUGAUAUUAGUCGCUUAAUAAAAUUGCUAUCAGAAAUUAAUCAAAAGUUUAAGAGCUUAAAGAAGAGUGCAUACUUGGUUUUAAUGAAUAGUGUGGAAAAAGCUAUUUGGAAUUGGAUGGAUACUUAUCCACAAGAAUUUAUGGAUUUACAAAAGAAGCCAAAUGAAGAAUUAGCUGAUUGUUGUGAUCGUUUAUUUGAUUUGCUGGAUAAUUUUGCUGAAAACAAUAACAAAAAGAAAGCUGCAACUUGGCCUUUACAAAUUAUGUUGCUUGUUCUCUGUCCAAAAAUUUUAGAAGAGAUUGUUAAUGCUGAUUCAGGAGCACCAUUGUCUCAGAAACAUACUAGAAAGAGACAAUUUGUAGAUAGUGUUAAGAAAGCACUAGGCCCUCAUACAAGUAGCAAGCAAUUGAGUGAAGCUGCAGCUGUUACAUGUGUGAAAUUAUGUAAAAUAUCAACAUAUAUCAAUAUUUUGGAUAGUAAUAAUGUAGUAUUUUCUUUAGUGCAAGCUGUAAUUAAUGAUUUAAAGCAAUUGUUAUUUAAUCCAAGUAAACCAUUUUGCCGUAAUCAGAAUACAGUUAAUCAAGAUAUUGAUUUGAUGAUUGAUUGUUUUGUGUCUUGUUUUCGUAUUAAUCCACAUAACAAUGAAGCAUUGAAAGUAUGUCUGAAUCCUUCUUCACCACCAACAUAUCAUUUUGUAUUAGUAAGUUCUCUAUAUCGCAUCAUAACCCAACCUCGUCUAGUAUGGUGGCCACAAAUUGAUAUUAUGUAUAACAAAGCUCCUGAAUUGCGUUCCAUGUUUACUGAAACAUUAAAUAAAGUUACUCAAGUUUUCAAUAGUCAUGCUCCCUUAAGAAUGAUGCAGAGCUUGACUCUUAAAGAAAAAGUAAGCACCCUCAAAUUUAAAGAAAAAUCUGAAGAGACAUUAAGUUAUAAGAAUUUACUCUUGUGGUUAGUGAGAUUAGUUCAUGUGGAUCCCAUGUUAAUGUUAAAUAAUCAAGGAAAAGCUGGUCAUGAAAUCCAAAGUAGUACUCUUGAACUUAUAAAUGGUUUAGUACUAGUAGUCCAUCAUCAAUCAAUGCCUGAAGUAGCUAAUGAAGCAAUGGAGGCAUUACUUAUCUUACAUCAGCCUGAUAAUAUUGAAAUGUGGAAUCCAGAAGCACCUAUAAAUACGUUUUGGGAUGUCAGUUCUCAAGUUCUGUUCACUAUUUCACAAAAAUUAAUUCAACAUCAAAUCAAUUAUUAUACAGAAAUAUUGAAGUGGCUAAGAGAAAUCUUGAAAUGCCGUAAUUCCUUUUUGCAACGUCAUAAAGAAUAUGCAAAUUUAGGCUGCAAUAUUAAUAUCUGCAAGCAGGCUCAUAUAAAAUUGGAAGUGGUAUUUUUCAUGUAUUUAUGGAGUAUAGAUAUUGAUGCUGUACUUGUUGCGAUGUCUUGUUUUGUUCUCUUAUGUGAAGAAGCUGAUAUUCGAUGUGGACAAGACGACUUAACUGUAACAUAUCUCCUUCCAAAUUAUCAUAUUUAUCAAGAAUUAGCUGCUGCUAGUACUGUCCUUACUACAGGAAGAGCAGCAUUACAAAAACGAAUUAUGGCAUUGUUAAGGAAAAUAGAACAUUGUACUCAAGGUUGUUCUCUUGCUUGGGAAGAUACUUUUCGUAAUUGGGAGAAUGUUACUAAACAACUUGUUAGUUAUCCUAAAGCAAAAUUAGAAGAAGGUCAGAUAUGUGAAAGCUUUCAUCGGACUAUUGGAAAAAGAAGAGCUUCUCAUCAAAGUACAGAACAUGAGCUAGAGGAUCAACUAAAUGAAUGGGCAAAUAUGACAGGAUUUUUGUGUGCUAUGGGUGGAGUUUGCUUACAAAAAAAGUCUCCAUCUAGUAGAAUAAGACCUUCUUUGUAUCAUAUGUAUGGUAUGUCAUGUUCAUCUCUUUCACUGGAUUGCCGCAAAGGAAACAUGCUUUCUGCCAAUCAAGAUAUGCAAUAUUGUCCAGUCACUCAAUUUGUUGGUCAAUUGCUCCGUCUUUUGGUUUGCCAUAAUGAAAAAUUUGGAACACAGAUUCAAAAACAUGUUAAAGAAUUAGUAGCACAUGAAAUGAGUGCUACUCUUUAUCCAAUUCUUUUUGAUCAAAUAAAAGCAAUUGUUGAGAAGUUUUUUGAUCCACAAGGACAGGUUGUUAUGAUUGAAACCAAUACACAGUUCAUAGAGCAUAUUAUAUUUAUUAUGAAAAGUGUACUGGAAAAUAAAGUUGAUCAUACAACAGAACAUUUAGGGGUUACUAGUAUUGAAGGCAUGAUGCUUGCAAUUGUGAGAUAUGUUAGGCAUUUAGAUACUACAGUUCAUGCUAUUCAUAUUAAGACAAAACUUUGUCAGCUAGUAGAAGCUAUGAUGUCAAGGAGAGAUGACUUAGCAUUCCGUCAAGAAAUGAAGUUUCGCAACAAAAUGGUUGAAUAUUUAACAGAUUGGGUGAUGGGAAACAGCCAUCAGAUUGCACCACCUGGUUCUGGUGAUGUAACAGCUCUUACCAGAGAUUUAGAUCAGGCAUGUAUGCAAGCUGUUGCUGCUCUGCUAAGAGGAUUACCUCUUCAACCUGAAGAGAGUGACAGAGGAGAUCUAUUGGAAGCUAAAUCACAGUUAUUUUUAAAAUAUUUCACAUUAUUUAUGAAUUUGCUCAAUGAAUGUAGUGAAACUCCUGAAGAUAAAGAUGUUGCAAGACAUCGUGUACAGUCAUCUAAACUUAGUGAACUAAGGACAUGUACAAUACAAGCAAUGUCAAAUCUUCUUAGUGCAAAUAUUGAUAGUGGAUUGAUGCAUUCCAUAGGUCUGGGUUAUCAUAAAGAUUUACAAACUAGAGCUGCUUUUAUGGAAGUAUUAACAAAAAUUUUACAACAAGGAACAGAAUUUGAUAUGUUAGCAGAAACAGUGUUAGCAGAUCGUUAUGAACAGUUAGUGCAAUUAGUUACAAUGAUUGGAGAUAAAGGAGAACUUCCUAUUGCUAUGGCAUUAGCAAGUGUUGUUAUUACUCCUCAAAUGGAUGAACUAGCCAGAGUUUUUGUAACCUUAUUUGAUGCUAAACAUCUUUUAUCACCAUUAUUAUGGAACAUGUUUUAUAAAGAGGUUGAAGUUUCUGACUGUAUGCAAACAUUGUUUCGUGGUAACAGUCUUGGUAGUAAAAUAAUGGCCUUCUGUUUUAAAAUAUAUGGAGCUAGUUAUUUACAUAGUUUAUUAGAACCACUUAUCAGACCUUUGUUAGAACAGCCAAAUAUAAGUUAUGAAGUAGAUUCAGCAAGGUUGGAAACAGGUGAAGAUGUUGAAGAAAAUCGCCGAAAUCUACUCUCUCUCACUCAAAAAGUUUUUAAUGCAAUUGUUUCUUCAGCAGAUAAAUUUCCACCUCAGCUUCGUAGUAUGUGUCAUUGCUUGUAUCAAGUAUUAAAUAAAAGAUUCCCUAAUUUUCCACAACAUAUAAGUGCUGUAGGAACAGUAAUUUUUUUAAGAUUCAUUAAUCCUGCAAUAGUUUCUCCAUAUGAAAUGGGUAUUGUUGAUAAGCAGCCAUCUUCAAAAUCAAAACGAGGUCUAAUGUUAAUGUCAAAAAUCCUUCAGAACAUAGCAAAUCAUGUAGAAUUUAGUAAAGAACAGCAUAUGCUUCAUUUUAAUGAUUUUCUUCGUGCUAAUUUUGAAUCUGGUCGAAGAUGGGUGAUGCAGAUUACUUCAGAUUGUGAAUCUGUUGAUCAAGCAAGCCAUAGUAUGUCAUUUAUUAGUGAUGCUAACGUUCAUGCACUUCAUCGUCUGCUAUGGAAUCAUCAGGAGAAGAUAGGUGAUUAUCUUUCAAGUUCCAGAGAUCAUAAAGCAGUUGGACGUAGACCUUUUGAUAAAAUGGCAACACUUCUUGCAUAUCUUGGCCCACCUGAACAUAAACCAGUUGAUUCCCAAUGGAGUACUAUGGAUAUGACAAGUACAAAAUUUGAAGAAAUUAUGUCAAAACAUAAUAUGCAUGAAAAAGAUGAAUUUAAAUCAAUUAAAUCUUUAAACAUUUUUUAUCAAGCUGGGACAUCAAAACUUGGAAAUCCAGUAUUUUAUUAUAUAGCACGUAGAUAUAAGAUAGGAGAAACAAAUGGAGACUUGUUAAUUUAUCAUGUUAUUUUAACAUUAAAGCCAUUUUGUCAUAAACCAUUUGAGUUAGUUGUUGAUUUUACUCAUACUUGUGCAGAUAAUAGAUUUCGGACUGAAUUUUUACAAAAAUGGUUUGUUGUAUUACCUGAGGUAGCUUAUGAAAAAAUUCAUGCUGCUUAUAUUUAUAAUUGUAAUUCAUGGGUUAGAGAAUAUACAAAAUAUCAUGACAGAAUUCUGGCACCAUUAAAGGGAAACAGAAAGUUGGUGUUUAUUGAUACUCCUCAACGUCUAAAUGAUUACAUAGAGCCUGAUCAACAGAGACUUCCUGGAGCAACAUUGGCUUUAGAUGAAGAUCUGAAAGUGUUUAAUAAUGCCCUUAAGUUAUCACACAAAGACACAAAAGUGGCAAUAAAGGUGGGACCAACUGCCAUUCAAGUUACUUCAGCAGAAAAAACAAAAGUUUUGAGUCAUUCUGUAUUGCUUAAUGAUGUUUAUUAUGCCUCUGAAAUUGAAGAGGUAUGCUUGGUUGACGAUAAUCAGUUUACACUAACUAUUGCAAAUGAAAGUGGACCUUUAUCAUUCAUCCAUAAUGAUUGUGAUAGUAUUGUUCAAGCAAUUAUUCACAUACGUACAAGAUGGGAAUUGUCACAACCAGAUUCUGUGACUGUACAUACAAAAAUCAGACCUAAAGAUGUCCCAGGAACGUUGCUAAACAUGGCCUUAUUGAACUUGGGCAGCUCUGAUCCAAAUCUACGUAAAGCAGCUUAUAAUUUAUUAUGUGCUCUAACUGCAACUUUUGAUUUAAAAAUUGAAGGACAAUUAUUAGAAACUGCAGGUCUUUGUAUUCCAUCAAAUAAUACUAUUUUUAUUAAACAAAUCAGUGAAAAAUUGGCAGCAAAUGCUUCACAUCUGACAUUGGAAUUUUUAGAAGAAUGCAUUCAAGGUUUUAGAGCUUCUAGUAUUGAAUUAAAACAUCUUUGUUUAGAAUAUAUGACUCCCUGGUUGCCAAAUCUUACAAGGUUUUGUAAACAUUCUGAUGAUAACAAACGUCAAAGAGUUGCUACUAUAUUAGAUAAAUUAAUCACAUUGACUAUAGAAGAAGUAGAGAUGUAUCCUUCUAUUCAAGCAAAAAUCUGGGGAAAUAUUGGACAAGUAUCAGAUCUUUUAGAUAUGGUUUUAGAUAGUUUCAUAAAACGAAGUGUAACAGGAGGAUUAGGUUCUACACAAGCAGAAAUUAUGGCUGAUACUGCUGUAGCUUUAGCAUCAUCUAAUGUCCAGCUUGUAGCAAUGAAAGUUAUAAGUCGUCUUUGUAGAGUUAUAGAGAAAACUUGUACAUCCCCAACCUCAACAUUAGAACAGCAUUUAAUGUGGGAUGAUAUAGCAAUUCUUGCACGAUAUUUAUUAAUGCUUUCUUUUAAUAACUGCCUAGAUGUGGCCAGUCAUCUUCCAUAUUUAUUCCAUAUUGUAACAUUAUUGGUUCACACAGGUCCAGUUUCACUAAGGGCAUCAAUCCACGGUUUAGUAAUCAAUAUUAUCCAUUCUUUGUGUACUUGUACAAAACCAUCUUUCAGUGGUGAAACUCAACGUGUUUUAAGGUUGAGUCUCGAUGAAUUUUCCUUACCCAAAUUUUACCUACUUUUUGGCAUCAGCAAAGUAAAAUCUGCUGCUGUCACCGCAUUCCGUUCUAAUUAUCGACAUGGUGAUCGUCACUUAGAUCGCUGCUUUGCCUGUUCUUCCACAGAUCAAGAACGUAUGCCAUUGUCAUCACUGGAAAUUAUUACAGAUGCACUCUUAGAAAUCUUGGAGGCAUGCAUGAAGAACAUUCCAAACUGUGAUUGGUUACAGCAAUGGAUAGCUCAAUCCAAAAGUUUUGCAUUUCGAUAUAAUCCAGCUCUUCAACCAAGAGCCCUUAUUGUUUUUGGAUGCAUCAGUAAGACAAUUGCAGAUCAAGAAGUAAAGCAGUUACUCAGGAUUUUGGUCAAAGCUUUGGAAUCUUUUCAAGAUUUGCGUUUAAUUGAUGCUAUCAUUAUGUCUCUUACUCGUCUCCAUCCCUUGUUAAGACCAGAAUCUCCUAUACAUAGAGCAUUAUUUUGGGUUGCAAUUUCAGUACUUCAAUUAGAUGAAAUGACACUUUAUGCUUCUGGGUUAUCAUUAUUAGAACAAAAUUUGCAUACAUUAGAUUGUCAAGGAAUUUUUGAAAAUAAGUUAUUAGAAGACAUAAUGAUGAUGACUCGAGAACCACUUGAAUGGCAUUUUAAGCAAUUAGACCAUUCUGUUGGUUUGAGUUUCAAGACUAGUUUUCAUUUUGCCUUGGUGGGCCAUCUAAUAAAAGGUUUUAGACAUCCUACUCCCACUACUGUUUCUCGAACUACAAGAGUUUUAAAUAUGGUAUUGGGAAUUAUUGCUAAGCCACAUAGAAGAGAUAAAUUUGAAGUUACACCAGAAAGUGUUCCUUACUUGGCUGCUCUUGUUUCUGUAUCUGAAGAAGUAAGAAGUAGAUGCCAUUUGAAACACAGAAUUGCAAGAGUAGUAUCAGAAUCACCAUCAGCUGAAGGUUUUUCAGGUGACUUGCAUUCUGCUAUAUCAACUUCUCCUAGUAAUCCAACUCCAACCCAGACACCUGGACAUACCCCAAUACCAUCUCCCUGUUCAUCAGCAUCUACGUCUGCCCAAACAUCACCUCAUGCACCCCUUCCUUCUCAUAACGCACAACUCAUACCUCAAGGAGGAAGUGGUACACCUCUUGCAAAUACACCCUUUAAUCGUAGACAAAAAUCAUGGGAUUUGCUAGAUCAGAAUGCAUUAGCCCAAGCCAGAUUAACAAAACAAACAACUGUUCAACAGGUUCAAAACAAAGAUCCUAAGAGUUGGAGAAGUCUUGAUAUGGAUGUGCAGAAUAUACGUCCAUUAUUUAAAACUCAACGGAGUAGCUCAAUGCCAACCCCAAAAAUGCAAAAAUCUGUAGAAAUUAGUGGUAGAAUAUCUCCAUCUAUUAGUUCUAAAGGUGAUACUUGUGAAGAAAUUUCACCACAUUGUAAAGAAAGAGGUUCAAGAGUUUCUGUCUCGAAUGAAGAUAAUGUGCUUCUUGAUCCAGAAGUACUUACAGAUUUUCCUACCCAAGCAUUAGUACUUACUGUUUUGGCUACUUUGGUUAGAAAUACAACAGAUGAAAAUGAGAUGAGGAUAUUGUACGAAUAUUUAGCCGAAGCCUCUGUUGUGUUUGCAAAAGUUUUUCCUGUCAUUCAUAGUUUAAUGGAUGCUAAAAUUACCAGUGUGUUAUCUUUAUGCCAUGAUCAAGUUAUUCUCAGUGCAGUACAGAGUAUUAUUCAUAAUAUGAUUGCAUGUGAGGAUAGUAGUCAACAGCAGUUGCAUUAUUUACAAACGUUUGGUUUUGGAGGAUUGUGGAGAUUUGCCGGUCCAUUUUCAAAGUGUCAAACAAAUUUAGACAAUGCCGAAUUAUUUGUUAAUUGUCUGGAAGCCAUGGUCGAAACUUGUUUACCUAGUGAUGAAGGAGAAUUUCAAGAAUUGACUCAGUAUCCCAGCACUCUUAGUGUAUCAUCUGUUAUGAAUUUAUCAUCAUCAAUGUCUAGCCUAACCCUGGGAUCUCCCACCGAGAAAGAAUCUGGAGCAGAUUAUGCCAAUGUGAGUACAGAUGGUUCGGUCAGAAUUCGACAUGGGUCUGCCAGUCAGUUAAGCAAGCAACGCAGCUUUAAGUGUAAGAGUUCUAAAAACGGGAAGACUGCUCAUUAAAAUUAUUUUUACUAAAUAACUUCUAGGACAGUUAUCAUUGACAGGCUGUAGAUCCAGCUAAAGAAACUGAGGAGUUAAUCAACAGUUUCAAUUUCAAUCCAUAAUUUUAUAUAUAAUUUCCUGUGUUGCCAUCUCCUCUUUCAUUGCACCAUAUACUUUAUCAUAUUUGGUUAAUGUCAUAAGAAAUUUUACAUAAAUACUAAAUGUAUAUUGGAAUUUAUAAAAUAUAAUACAGUAUUUUCUGAAGUUCACAUUCAACAAAGAAGAGACACUGGUUCAGAUAUCCUUUCUGUCAGUAUUAACUAUUAUUACCAUUAUUAUUGUAUACAUAUUGAUUAAUUCAUUAGUUUUGUGCUCUAACUGCCAACUUAAUGUUUUCCAUCAGCAAAAUAAAAAAAAA